AUGUCCCGAAAACUGAAUUUCCUCCGAGAGGGUUCUGUGACGUCAGUCAAUUCGACCUCCCAAUUCCUUGCCGACAUUCGGGGAAAAACUAUUCGACCCGACCAAAUCAUGGUAUCCUUCAACCUUGUCUCACUUUUCACGUCCAUCACAUCAGACUUGGCGCGUGACGUGCUACGCAAACGCCUCGAAGAAAAGAACGACGAAACAACAGGGCCCCUAAAGAUCCAGCACCUAAUGCACCUCUUUGCAUUCUGCCAACGAACCCGUUUCACCUUCGAUAGCAGAACAUACAAACAAAUCAAAGGGACACCCAUGGGUUCCCCAAUAUCCAGCCUAGUGGCGGAAUUGGUCCUACAAGAGCUGGAAAAGGUUGCUUUCAGCCACUACCAACCCGCGUUUUGGCGCCGAUUCGUGGACGAUACAUUCGUCAUUAUUGAAAAGGACAAGCUAUCGGGUUUUCAUGACCUGCUCAGCAGCAUCUUCCCCGAAAUUCAGUUUACAAGAGAAGACGAGGAGGCCGAGAAACUACAGAACGCAUUGCGGCGUAGUUAG